GGACUUAUACCCUUGGGUGACUUAAUAUACCCCUUGCCCACCCUGCCCAAGACCCGCCAUUUCUGCCUCCCUCAGCUGUCCCUGGAUCCGCUGGGUCCCGAGUGUGACUCCCCGCUGGGCUCCAAGGACCUGGAGGAAGAGGAGGGCCCAUGGGGUGGGGGCUCUGGCCUGCCACCCCCAGGCUGCUUCCAUGGUUCCUGGCGCCAUGACGUGGCCCUGGACUGCAAGGGCUCCCCCGAGGGGGCGGAGGCCCGGGCCUGGACUGUCCACUACUACAGUCUCCUGCAGAGCUGUCUGCAGCAAGCUGGCCUUCCGGAGACCCAAGACCGCAGCCAGGUGCCCCGCACAGGCUGUCCUGGGGCGGAGGUGACCUUGUGCAUUCUGGGAUCCCCCAGCACCUUUCUGUCUCUGCUGCUGGAGGGUGGGGUCCAGAGCCCGGGAAACAUGCUCCUUUGCCUGUCCCCUGCUUGGCUGACAAAGGUGCCAGCACCAGGGAAGCCAGGCGAGGCAGCCCUGCUGGUCUCCAAGGCCGUGAGCUUCCACCCGGGGGGCCUGACAUUCCUGGACGAUUUUGUCCCCCCUCGCCGCGCCACCUACUUCCUGGCGGGCCUGGGGCUGGGGCCUGGCCGGGGUCGAGAGGCAGCUGAGCUCGCUCGCGACCUGACCUGCCCCACAGGAGCCUCAGCCGAGCUGGCCCGGCUGCUGGAGGACCGGCUGCUGACGAGGCGAUUGCUAGCUCGGCAGGGUGACGUGGCUGUACCAGCUACCCUGGCUUUCACCUACAAGCCGCCGGCACUGCUGAGGGGAGGGGAUGCCAGCCCGGGACUACGGCUGGUGGAGCUGAGUGGCAAAGAGGGCCAAGCGACACUGGUGAAGGCGGAAGUAGGGGCUUUCCUGCACUCCGAGGCCCUGGGUGAUGCCCUGCAGGUAGCCAUGAAGCUCAGUGGCUGGCGCUGGAGGGGGCGGCCGGCAAUGCGUCUGUAUCCCCGAGCUGAGCUGGGCCCAGUGGUGGACACAGUGCUGGCACUGCUGGAGAAGCUAGAGGAGGAAGAGAGUGUGCUGGUGGAGGCUGUAGGCCCACCUGCCCGGCUGCCCUUCCCAGGCAGCCCCCCGCCUGGCCCUGAGCUGGCUCUGCGUAUCUGUGCUGUGGUCUGUCGGACACAGGGUGACAGGCCCCUGCUGAGCAAGGUGGUGUGCAGCGUGGGCCGUGGGGACCGGCCUCUGCGGCACCAGAGCUCCUUGCCACGGACGCUGGAGGCGGCGCUGGCCCAGUGCGGCCUGGGUGAGGCUUCGCAGGUGGCAGUCGUGCGGCAGCGCGUCAAGGCGGCGGCCGAGGCCGCGCUAGCCGCCGUGCUGACCCUGGAGGCCGGACUGAGCGCUGAGCAGCGCGGCGGGCGCCAGGUCCGCACUGACUUCCUCGCGGCGGCCGCGCCGCUGGUGGAGACGAUGCUGCGGCGCUCGGCGCGCUGCCUCAUGGAGGGAAAACAGCUACUGCUGCUCGGCGCGGGAGGUGUCAGCAAGAAGUUCGUGUGGGAGGCGGCGCGCGACUACGGGCUCAAGCUGCACCUGGUGGAGUCAGACCCCAACCACUUUGCGUCCCAGCUGGUGCAGACCUUCAUCCACUUCGAUAUAACAGAGCACCGGAGGGAUGAGGAGAAUGCACGGGUGCUGGCGGAGCUGGUGCGGGCACGUGGCCUGCAGCUAGACGGCUGCUUUUCCUACUGGGAUGACUGCCUGGUGCUCACGGCCUUGCUCUGCCAGGAGCUGGGUCUGCCCUGCAACCCGCCAGCCGCCAUGCACCUGGCUAAGCAGAAGAGCCGCACCCAGCUGCACUUGUUGUGCCGCCAUGGCCCACCCUGGCCUGCACCCUCCCUCUAUGCUGUGCCCUGCUGCCCAUUGGAGAGCGAGGCCGACGUGGACAGGGCUGUCCGCCAGGUGCCCCUGCCAGGUGUCAUGAAGCUGGAGUUUGGGGCGGGUGCAGUGGGUGUACGGCUGGUGGAGGACGCGUCGCAGUGCCAUGAACACUUUUCCCGGAUCGCCCGAGACCUGCAGGGUGAGGCCGACCACCCCGGCAUCGGGCUGGGCUGGGGCAAUGCCAUGCUGCUGAUGGAGUUCAUCGAGGGCACCGAGCACGACGUGGAUCUGGUGUUGUUUGGGGGGAGACUGCUGGCUGCCUUUGUCUCCGACAAUGGCCCCACACGGCUGCCUGGCUUCACUGAGACGGCGGCCUGCAUGCCCACUGGGCUGGCACCGGAGCAGGAGGCGCAGCUGGUGCAGGCAGCCUUCCGCUGUUGCCUGGGCUGCGGGCUGCUGGAUGGGGUCUUCAACGUGGAGCUCAAGCUGACUAGGGCUGGGCCGCGGCUCAUCGAGAUCAACCCCCGCAUGGGUGGCUUCUACCUGCGAGACUGGAUCCUGGAGCUUUAUGGUGUGGACCUGCUGCUCGCUGCUGCUAUGGUGGCCUGCGGCCUGCGGCCUGCCUUGCCUGCCCACCCACGCGCCCGUGGCCACCUGGUGGGUGUCAUGUGCCUGGUGUCCCAGCACCUGCAGGCGCUGAGUUCCACCGCCAGCCGCGAGACCCUGCAGGCUCUUCACGACCAGGGCCUGCUGCGUCUCAAUCUGCUGGAGGAGACCCUUGUGCCUGGAGAAUACGAGGAGCCCUACUGCAGUGUGGCCUGUGCUGGGCCCAGCCCAGCCGAGGCCCGUCUCCGCCUCUUGGGCCUCUGCCAGGGCCUGGGCAUCGACGGGCCCCACUAUCCCGUUGCCUACUUCUUGUCCCACUUCAAAUAG